AUGGCAACGCCGUCCUUCAAAAUCGAGCGAGUCGCCGUGAUAGGCGCAGGCAUAUCUGGCGUCAGCUCCGCUGCGCACCUCCUCCGCCAGGGCAUCUCAUCAGUAGUUCUCUUCGAGCGAUCCCCUUGCCCGAGCGGCGUCUGGCAUCUCGACGAGCGCGUUGCGCCUGACCCUCCAUACCCCAAUUUGACGCCUAGCCAUGGAGAUUAUGAGGGAUUGCCGCCUACGAAGAUCGAAGAUUUGAAGCUGACGCCACCGCGGACGCCUUCUCCUGAGAGACGGACUCGGGCGGAAGUCGGAAGUCUGGAGAACGAUGAUGUCGACGAAGAUUUCGCGACGAAGUCCAUCGCAUUCGCCCCGCCCGGCCCAGCAUAUGUCGGAUUGAGAACCAACACAGUCCUGCGCACGAUGGAGACCUCCCUAGCAGCCUGGCCGAAAGGCCUUCCCGAUACCAAUACGGAACGGGCAGAUGUGGAGCGGUAUAUCCAAACCGUUGCGGAGACGUCCGGAGUGAACAAGAUCGCGCUGUACAACACCCGAGUCGAAGAAGUGCGCAAGGACGGCGGGGAAUGGAUUGUGCGGACGAAUACCCUACAUCGACGUGGUCGAAUUGAGGAGCGGAUCUGGCGAUUCGAUGCCGUCGUGGUGGCGAGCGGGCACUAUAAUAUGCCACGGAUUCCCGAUAUCCCAGGGUUGAAGGAAUGGAAGGCGCGAUACCCCGAUCGAGUACAGCAUUCGAAGAGCUACCGCUCGCCGGUUGGGCUCAGGGACAAGAGGGUACUGAUCAUCGGAUGUGGUGCUUCGGCGUUGGAUAUCGCCAAGGAGACUGCUUCUGUUGCAGGCCAGGUCUAUCAGAGCUCACGGGGUGGUGCGAUGAGCCAUCCACCGGAGAUGCUGCCGGAGAAUGCGCUGCGGAUCGGUGGAGUUAAGGCAUUCCAUCUUGAAGGAGAUGAUGAAGUCGACGGUGCUAUUGCGGGAUAUGUCGAGCUCAACAACGGCUCGAAGAUACGGGACAUUGACCAUUACCACGCCGAUGACACACCGAUCGACAUAGCGGACGAAAGCGUUAUUGUUACGGCGGAUGGGUACAUGAUGCACAAUCUCCACAAGGACAUCUUCUACCAAGCCGAGCCGACGUUAGCGUUCGUUGGCGUGCCGUACCAUGUCAACACAUUCAGCUUCUUUGACUUCCAGGCUCAGGCUGUAGCGAGAGUGUUUUCUGGGAAGGCAAUUCUGCCUUCUCGAGAUGCGAUGAGGCAAGAGUAUCAGGAGCGACUGGUAGAGAAUGCUCCUGGUCGUGACUUCCAUAGUCUCAGGCAGGAAGGUGGGGAGAUUGCGUAUGUGAGAAAUCUUGUGGAUUGGAUGAAUAGAGAUGCUUUUGUCCUGGGCGCAGAGCCGAUGAAAGGGCAUAGUGAGGAGUUUUUGGAGGCGCAUGAACAGCUUAUGAGCAUGUUGCGGUCGAUGGGACUUGCGCACUUCUUUCGGAAAGAUAUACCGGGGAGGACCUUUGACCAUGUCUAUGUGUGA